AUGGCUCGUCACCCAGAUCCGUCCUCCGUCUCAUGGCUCCUCACCCAGAUCCUACCUCCCUCCAUCUUCCCCUUUGCGCAGUGCAGGACAGCUAAGGCUGAGGCACCGACCAACCAGGGAGGCAACAGUAAACGAGCAAGCUACAAAGGCAAGCACCAAGUACCUCAAAUUUUAAAUGUAGGAAGAGCCACUCCUAUCAUGGAACUUAUGAUCGCAGUGAGAAAAGCAGUUCCUAAGUUGCAAUUGGUGUAUGGCAUUGCUGUUGACAGAGUGUACACUGGCACACUUAUGACAUCUCUUGAUAUGGCAGGAUUAUCUAUUACCAUUAUGAAGUCCGAUGAUAGCAUUUUGAAGAGACUUGAUGCUCCCACUAAAGCUCCAGCUUGGCCUGUUGGUUCUAAAGGAAACCGUCCACCAGCAAAGUUUCCUGUUCCUCUACCACCAUCACCUUCAAUUAAGGAUGACGAGAUUUUUGCUCCAUCUCAGGAGCUGAGCAAGCAAGGGUGUAUCCUGGAGGCUGCUAUUGAAGCAAGUGCUACUGCAAUUAUCAAUCUCAAGGAUAGCCUAAAUGAAUGGGACAGUAAAGUGGGCGAUGGUGACUGUGGAACCACAAUGUAUAGAGGUGCAACAGCUAUUCUUGUAGAUAUGAAAAAGCGUUACCCUAUGGAUGAUGCAGCUGGAACAAUAAAUGAAAUUGGGGCAACAAUCCGAAGGGUGAUGGGCGGAACAAGUGGAAUCUUGUAUGACAUACUCUGCAAGGCUGCCUAUGCAAGCUUAAAGCAGAGCUCAACUGUCACUGCAAAUAAAUGGGCUGAUGCUUUAGAGGCCUCCGUUGCUGAUGUUAGCAAAUAUGGUGGUGCCAGCGCAGGAUACCGCACAAUGUUGGAUGCCCUAAUUCCUGCUUCUGCUGUUCUAAAACAGAGACUUGAGGCUGGAGAUGAUCCUGUGACUGCUUUCAUCGCUUCUUCUGAAGCAGCAUCAGUUGGCGCUGAAUCCACCAAACAAAUGCAAGCAAAGGUAGAGACUCAGGAAUUACAAGUGGAAAUCAAGACAGCGGCGGCUGAGGAGAUGCGGACGGUGACAGCAGAGAGGAGUUGCGGAUCGGUCGAGGUGGUGGGAGUCCGGGGACGCCAAUGCGGUGGCGGCAACGAAGAUGAGGCGGGGACAGCAAGGAGGAUGGCCCUCUUCUUCGGCAAGGUGGAGAUGGAGGACGGCAAGACGCUGGCGGACUACGACCCCCGGCCGACGGCAUGGAUGCGAGUGCCGUCGUGCGCCAGCAGGUCCCGUGGUGUCGGGUCUCGCCUGCCGCCACCACAGCAGCCGCCUCCCCGUGCGGGACCAGCGUGUGCUUUGCUUGGUCUGGCGGAUCCGGGAGGAGGCGCGGCCAGCCGACGGGAUGGUCUAGAGGAUCUGGGAGGAGGCGGCGGAGCGGUUGGUUCAAAGCCGGAGGAGAGGGAUCCAUGGCGUCCUCGACGCGUCCAUUGGCGGCGGCGGCGUGGAGCGUUGGGAGUCGGGCGUGGUGCGUUUCUUUUUUCCGUGUUCGCAGGCUCGAUCCCUGAACCCUGA